AUGUAUACGUUCUUCAUCUUAACUUCUUUUUAUGCGAGGAAACCUGAUUGGACUCAACCCGAGGCGCAGGAAAAAUUCUGCACAACAUUAAAUGAAUUUGUGUCAAAGAUUGAAGAUUUCAAAUGGGAAAAUUAUGACAUGAUAUUCUUUCCGAUAUGGGUGCACGAUCAUUUUUAUAUCAUGUGCUUCAAUCUCAAAAUUCAAAUGCUGGAUGUGAUUGACAAUGCUCUGGUUACGGAAGAGAUGGUAAAGCACAAAUAUGGAGGUGCACCAGCUAUUCUGAAAAAUUUCUUCCGAAAUUAUCUUGGAAAUGGUGUUAAUCCAACAAUGGAGAGUAUUGUCAAAACCUUAAAAAUCAGACACAUGACUCUACCAUGGCAGAACGAUACAAAUAAAGUUGACUGUGGAGUUUAUGUGAUGCGCCACAUGGAGACUUACAUGGGUGGUCCAGUUCGUAACUGGAAUUCAGGUUUAGCAAAGAACGGGACAGAGGCGUUCAUAAAACUUCGUGCCAAAUAUACUGAAGCAUUGUUUGUUGGAGAAACUAACAAGAAGCCUUUUCAAACAUUUUCAAUGAUACAGCAGAAGUUUCAGAAAAUAAAAAAAAAGGGGAAAUCAAUGUUGAAAAGAUGUUUAGAGAAUUUGAACCCCGUAAAGAUGGGUUCUAGUUGUAAUAGUAACUUGUAAGAUAUUUUGUCACGUUAAAGUAUCAUUUUAUCAGCUUAUAUGUCAUU